CGUUUAGGCAAUAACGUUUCAAAUUUCAAAAUUUUCAAAUUCGCGCUCCUCAUUCCUUUCCUUCUAAACCCUCUUCUCAUUUCUCAUUUUCCCACUUCGCAAUUUGCAAUUCUCAUUUGCAAUCUGAUUCUCUAGCUUUCUAUUCCUUAAUCGAUACGCCUGCCGUAAUGGGUGCCAACCAUAGCCGUGAAGAUCUGGAGCUUUUGGAGUCCGAAACCGAAUCGGAAACCGGGUCGGAGUCCCGGUCCCACGACAGCCGGAGGGACGACGACGACGACGACGAGGAGAACUACGAAGACGCCAGUACUCCCUCCUCCUUCCAACCGAAGACGCCGGCAAAGACGCCGACGUCUUUGGACGACGUUGAGGCGAAGCUCAAAGCGCUGAAGCUCAAGUAUAACGUCGGGUCGCAGCACAACCCGACGAAGAACGCCGUUAAGCUUUACCUUCACGUCGGCGGCAACACUCCCAAGUCUAAAUGGGUCGUUGCGGACAAGCUCACCACCUAUUGCUUCGUCAAGAGCGGAGACGGGGACGAAGACGAAGAAGAUGAAGAGUGCGAGGAGGGUUGGUGGGUUUUAAAAAUCGGGUCGAAAAUUAAGGCAAAGGUGGACGAAAAUCUGCAAUUGAAGGCUUUCAAGGACCAGAAGAGGAUCGAUUUUGUGGCAGAUGGGGUAUGGGCCGCGAAAUUCUUCGAUGAAGAAGAGUAUACGGCUUUCUUUGACAGGUACAAAGACUGCUUGUUUGAGAAUACGUAUGGGUACGAAGCAAAUGAUGCAAAUAGGGUUAAGGUAUACGGGAAGGACUUCAUUGGGUGGGCAAAGCCAGAAUUAGCUGACGAUUCAAUGUGGGAGGAUGCAGGGGAUAGCUUCUUUAAAAGCCCUAGCUCAGCUAAGACCCCCUUAAGGGAGAGCCAUGAUCUGAGGGAGGAGUUUGAGGAGGCUGCUGCUAAUGGCGGGGCGAUUCAAAGCUUGGCACUUGGGGCUUUGGACAAUAGCUUUCUGAUAAGUGAUUCAGGGAUUCAGGUAGUGAGGAAUUACAAUCAUGGGAUUCAAGGAAAAGGAGUGUAUGUCAAUUUCGAUAAGGAAAGGUUUAGUGCUGCUCAUUCCACUCCAAGGAAAGCUUUGCUUAUGAGAGCCGAAACUAAUAUGCUGCUCAUGAGCCCUGUCACUGGUAAUACUCCUCAUCCGAGGGGUUUACACCAGCUUGACAUUGAGACGGGUAAAGUAGUGAGUGAGUGGAGGUUUGAGAAGGACGGGGUCGACAUUUCAAUGAGGGAUAUUACUAAUGAUAGCAAAGGCGCCCAGAUGGAUCCCUCGGGAUCAACUUUCUUAGGACUGGAUGAUAACAGAUUGUGUAGGUGGGAUAUGCGUGAUCGUAAUGGGAUGGUUCAGAAUCUAGUUAAUGACAGCACUCCUGUCUUGAAUUGGACUCAAGGGCAUCAAUUUUCUAGGGGUACUAACUUUCAGUGCUUUGCUACUACUGGUGAUGGAUCUAUUGUUGUUGGGUCUAUUGAUGGGAAAAUAAGGUUGUACUCAAGCAACACCAUGAGACAGGCAAAAACUGCUUUUCCAGGGCUUGGCUCACCAAUCACCCAUGUUGAUGUUACCUAUGACGGGAAGUGGAUAUUGGGGACAACUGAUAAUUACUUGGUACUGAUAUGUACCUUGUUCACUGACAAGGAUGGGAAGACAAAGACUGGGUUUGCUGGCCGUAUGGGGAAUAGGAUCUCUGCUCCGAGAUUGCUAAAGCUAACUCCGUUGGAUUCUCAUAUUGCUGGAGCUAACAAUAGGUUCCAGAAGGCACAAUUUUCAUGGGUCACGGAGAAUGGCAAACAGGAGCGCCACUUGGUUGCAACAGUGGGCAAGUUCAGUGUAAUAUGGAACUUUCAACAGGUGAAAGACGGUGCUCAUCAGUGUUACCAAAGUCAGGUGGGCUUGAAGAGUUGCUAUUGCUACAAGAUUGUUCUAAGAGAUGAAUCUAUCAUAGACAGUCGCUUCAUGCACGACAAGUUUGCUGUGACCGACUCUCCUGAAGCACCACUCGUGGUUGCCACGCCACUGAAAGUUAGCUCCUUCAGUAUAUCAAGCCGGCGCUUGAAUCUAUAAACUACAGACUUGCUAUCUCUCCAGUUAUAAUAGAUUGGUCUUUAGUCAGUCCAGCAUAUCUGAACAGAGCCCUUUUGUUCAUUUAUGCAUCCUCUUAGAGUUCAUCUGUCAUGGAAGAAGAAUUCAUGUAUCUUUGGCCAUUGCUUGAAAAGUGUAUAUUUGGAAGCCAUUUCAAACAGACUUGACUUUUAUGUAGCUUGCCUGAUAUCUGGAGAUUUAAAAACUGUUCUAGGUAAUAGAGUACUUGUUUUGAACCCAGUAAUGCUGUUGUUGUAAUAAAUGCAAAAAUAGAUUUUAAAGUGCUUUUUGUUAAA